GCGUGGUCCUCCGAGGGCCAAGGCGGCCUGGCGCAGGGAAAGGACGUUCUAGCCAGCCGCUCACGCGGAAGGACGACGUUCUAGCCGGCCGCCCACUCGGUGGAAGGCCCGUGGCCGCCUCGCCUCCGGGCGCCGCCAUGUUGGAGGCGCAGGGCCCGAGCCAUGGCUGCCAGCGCCGGAACCCAGGCGGGGACCCAGCCAGCUCCACCGAGAGAAUGCUGGAAGUGCGGCCGGGGCUGUACCUGGGUGGGGCGGCGGCCGUCGAGGAGCUGGAUCAUCUGAGGGAGGCUGGCAUCACCGCCGUGCUGACGGUGGACUCGGAACCUGCUUUCAAGGCGGGGGCUGGGCUCGAGGGUCUGCGGAGCCUGUUCGUGCCGGCACUGGACAAACCCGAGACCGACCUGCUCAGCCACCUGGACCGGUGCGUGGCCUUCAUCGGCCAGGCCCGCGCCGAGGGCCGUGCCGUGCUGGUGCACUGUCACGCAGGAAUCAGUCGAAGUGUUGCUAUAGUGACUGCUUUUUUGAUGAAGACUGACCAACUGACUUUUGAAAAUGCAUAUGAGAUCCUACAGACUCUCAAGCCAGAGGCUAAGAUGAAUGAGGGGUUUGAGUCGCAGCUGAAAUUAUACCAGGCAAUGGGAUAUGAAGUGGAUAUCUCUAGUGCAAUUUAUAAGCAGUAUCGUUUACAAAAGGUUACAGAGAAGUAUCCAGAAUUGCAGAAUUUACCUCAAGAACUCUUUGCUGUUGACCCAACCACCGUUUCACAAGGAAUGAAAGAUGAAGUUCUCUACAAGUGUAGAAAGUGCAGGCGAUCCUUAUUUCGAAGUUCUAGCAUACUGGAUCAUCAUGAAGGAAGUGGGUCUGUAGCCUUUGCUCACAAGAGAAUGACACCAUCUCUCAUGCUUAGCCCGGGGAGUCAGGCUCAGUGCACCUCCUACUUCAUUGAGCCUGUGCAGUGGAUGGAAGCCACGCUGCUGGGAGUAAUGGAUGGACAGCUUCUUUGCCCAAAAUGCAGUGCCAAGUUGGGUUCCUUCAAUUGGUAUGGUGAACAGUGUUCCUGUGGUAGAUGGAUAACACCAGCUUUUCAAAUACAUAAGAACAGAGUGGAUGAAAUGAAAAUGCUACCAGCUUUGGGAACACAAACAAGAAAAUGAUGAACUUGUGACAGUUGGUAACUUGGAAAGAAACCUGUUGGUGAUUCAUGUUACCCUUACUUAUCAUCAUUCAUGGCCAAAUAGCUAAUUUUUAGGCCAAUAUUUCAUUUGGAAUUGAGAAGAUAAAAAUCACUUGAUGUAAUGUGGAAAUUAUUCUUCAUUAUAUAUAUUAUAUAAUAUAAGUAGAAUAUAUGACAAAGCUUUUUAAUCAUGUAAAUUUUAUUUGAUAUUAAAAUCUUUUAUAAACUAGA